AUGAGUCCUGCCGUUGCUACCCCAAGCAUCAUCCCAAUCGUCGAACACCAGGAGCAGGCUCGGCAGCUGGUUGGGGACGACGUGGAAGAAGGGCUGGUGGUCUCAACAACGGAUCCCAACCCGGAAGCUCCUGCCCUUCACAAUGCAGCCGUAGAAGACCCUGCUGCCGUGGAGUUAGCUCCGGGCGGCGUUGCUGCGUCAAUGGAGAAAACGCCAUUGUCAAUUGACAAGGCGGUGGUGCCUACUGCAGCGAUUGGAGUCACCAUUUCCUCUGCCAAAGAUAAUCAUAAGGUGGAUUCUCUAAUUCCCCUCCUGCCGCCAACCAUUGUAAAUUUCAAAGAACGGGUCCAUGAGUAUGGAUGGAAAUUCCGAAAGAAAGCGGGGACAGGAGAGGCGGCAACCGAGCUCGAGAAUGGAGACCCGCACUCGACGUUGGCUCCAGCCUCGGCGUCAAUCGAAGCAGAUGUGGGGUGGGUUCGCAGGAUUCCUUCACCGGGGGGACAAAUCGUGCCUACGAUGCCACGAUUCGGCGUGACUCAUAGUCGCCGGGUUGUCUCGCUGAUGGACAGCGACGGGUCGGAGAAGAAGAAUGAGCCGCCGGUGCUGCGAAUCGCAGGCGGAACGCGGCGAUUUGCGGCAGCAUCCGUCGCGACGGUUAGCGGCGGCGGGGCAACGACGGACUUGGAACUGGCAGAGGACUCGUUGCCGGAACCAUGUCUUGAGAAGCCAGAUCCAUUCACGGAAACGCCACCAGCAAGAGGGAUGACGAUGGCAGGACGCAAAACGAGGAGGAGGAUGGCGUCGUAUCCUUUAGCGGCGCCCGCCGACAAGGAAGAGAAGUCGGUAACGAGUUGGGCUGUUCGUAGGAGGAGCCGCUCGCCGGCGGCAGGGAAAUCGAAGAAGGAUGAGAGGGAGGAGGGCGGUGCUGCCUCUCCUGUGGCAAUCCAUGGGCCGCCAACCCUAGGGAGCAUCACACACCAACUUGAUUCAAUGGGCCGCGCAAGACAACAGGCCAUCCAAAUGGAUCUAGCCGUUUUGGGCCGAAAUGGCCAACCAAGUUGGAUUGAGCCUGAUCCGGAGUAUAACCAGUGGUAUUGGACUGAGUGGGCUGAAGCUAAUUAUAAAAUGGGUGGAGAGAGAGCUUGGUCUUCGGCCAAGUCAGAAGCAAUUAAAAGAGAGCAAUGGGCCAAGUUCACAAGGCUUGGAUUAAAAAGGGGUUGUCUUGCAGAUACACUUUUAUACAAAGUAGGCUUCAGGGAAAAGAGGGAUGAAUUCAUGGGUUUAGCAAGUGAGCUCACGAGGAAAUGUGAGCCAGGAGCAAUUAAAGGGCUAACUAUGGGAACUGAUGGGCAACGGAAGACCAAUUCUAGUCUAGAGCCUCGACCUCUUGGAGGGAUCAGAUUCGCAUGUGCCGUCGAUACGGAGUUUGAAGUUCUUGACGGCUUGAUUCCUAUGGGUGGAUUCUUGUGCAAGGAAGCAUUUUUGGAUUUCUUGAGCUUAGGAAGGAAGAUGACAAUGAAAGAAGACAUCCGGUGGUGGGGAAGCUUGGAGCUGGAUAGUUGGUGCAGGUUUCCUAUGAUCGGAAGCUUUCUAGGCCCUGGGGGAAGAAGCACCACCCCCUCAUGCUGCUUCGAGACUGCCUUCCAUAGUUUGAGGAGUAGAAAGAUGAUGGAGAUGGUGAUGAAAAGGAACGUGAAGAGCAGGGGAAGGUAA